CCGGUAGACGUGUCCACCCAGCUUGCAGUUUUCGCCUGCUGGCGGUCGCUUUUGACUACUUGGCUAACAGCUAAUUUUGUUUAAACAUCAGCAUGUCGGUAGUGUAGCACUACGUGGACAGACAGAAGAGGUAUUGAGAACAGUUCGUGCUUAAAAUAACAAUGAAUACCAUACUUGCCAUCAUCUUAGUUUUUGUCGGAUGCUGCAGCAAUGUUGUGUUUUUGGAACUUUUAGUAAGGGAGUUUCCCGGAUGCGGCAACAUCGUUACGUUCGCACAGUUCGCCUUCAUCGCUUUGGAGGGCUUCAUUUUCCAUACAAAUUUCGGCAGGAAGAAACCUGCCAUCCCCAUUCGGAACUAUGUGAUCAUGGUGACCAUGUUCUUCACCGUCAGCGUGAUCAAUAACUACGCCCUCAACUUCAGCAUAUCCAUGCCCUUGCACAUGAUCUUUAGAUCAGGGUCGUUGAUAGCGAAUAUGGUCUUAGGGAUCAUCAUACUGAAGAAGAGGUACACACGGGGUAAAUACGUCUCCAUCGCGUUUGUGUCCCUUGGGAUUUGCAUCUGCACCAUUAUGUCUGCGAAACAAGUGAAUGUGGACCAAGAGACUACAGAAGAGCAAGGCUUUUACGCCUUCCUGCGAUGGCUGCUGGGCAUCUGCAUGCUGACCUUCGCCCUGCUGAUGUCGGCCCGGAUGGGAAUCUUCCAGGAGACGCUGUACAAGCAGUACGGCAAGCACUCCAAAGAGGCCCUGUUCUACAAUCACUGCCUGCCUCUCCCAGGGUUCCUCCUGCUGGCUUCUAACAUCUACAGCCACUCUAUCCUCUUCAGCCAGAGCGCUGCGGUCCACGUGCCAGUGAUCGAGAAGGCCGUGCCAGUGAUGUGGAUAUACCUGCUGAUGAAUGUCAUUACACAAUACGUGUGCAUCCGGGGCGUGUUCACCCUGACCACGGAGUGCGCGUCGCUCACGGUGACGCUGGUGGUGACCCUGCGGAAGUUCGUCAGCCUCAUCUUCUCCAUCCUGUACUUCCAGAACCCCUUCACCGCCGGCCACUGGCUGGGCACGGGCCUGGUGUUCGUGGGCACGCUGCUCUACACCGAGGUGUGGGCCAGCGUGCGCUCCGCGCUGCGCAAGGAGGAGAGCAAGAGGGAGUGAGGGCCCCACAGGGCCCCACAGCGCCCCCCGCAGGACCGGGGGGGGGUCUGCUGCAACACGCACACUCUCACACAAACACUCAGUCAUUCACACUCACACUCACACACACACACACACAUUUUGUCACUCGCAAGCACACACAAAUGGUCUGCCAUUCUCUCUCGCACACGCACACGCACACACACACACACACACACACACACACAGCCAGUCAUUCCCUUUCUGAAACACACACAGACCCAUACUUUGUCAUUCUCUGUCUCACACACACACUCAGACACUCCCAUUCUCAAACUCGCAGACACACACACACACACACACACACACACAUGCACAGCUGUAUUAUCCAUGCUGGACUCGCGAGAAGACCAGGCGAGCAAUUUGGUCACAUUCCUGUGAAAAGACCUGGUCCUGUAUGGUCAGAGCUGGCCAAAGUCUAGCCCGGACCUUUGCUUCAGCGUAGCCAGCAACCGCAAUUAUCAGCGCUCCAGGUCUGUAGUCUCUCUCGGAGAAACACUUUACCCCCUAAAGAACGGGUACAGUUAUACCCACACGAUGGACACAGGCCGUCGUUCUUUACCGGGGUCUUUAGGUUUGUUAACUUAUUUGAGUAGACGUCACAUUCGAAUAGAAUAGGAGGCGUGUGAACCUUCGUAACUUAAUUCGACCGAGUAUUAGAGGUUACGGUGCCGGGUGGUUGCGGUCGACGGAGCGGUGCCAGCAGGACCGUCUCUACGCGGUCACUGCGACGGUCGUCAUAACCUCGGAGGACGAAAGGAGAUUUCUGAGACUCGAAGGCCAUCCCUUCGACCGGGUCAGAAGGACUCGUCACUGGAUUUGUGUUUUUUUUGUAACCGUGUUCCUCAGGAUGUUGUGUUCGUAGUGUCCAAGCAGAGUUGGUGUGCUGCUCAACCUGACUGUAAUAAAUGUGACCGACAUGUACAGACAAA